UCAACAGGAAGUACUUUGUUACCAUCCUCUAUCUAGUUUUCAAACCAAACACAUUUCCACAGGCUUUUGCAGGACGUUUCUAAUGUAAGAUUAGUCUAAAUGAGACGUUCAUUUGUCACAACUUAAAUGGAGUUUUGAUCUUUAUAAAGUUGUGGUCGAGCUUUUCUUUAUCUGAACGCUGUGACUAAGAAAGUAACUGUAGCAUACACAUUUAGUGUCGUUUAAAAAAAAAUAAAAAAAAUUGAAAGAAUAAAGUAAGGUUAGAUUCCACGAUGGAUCGGGACAGAGCUAGUCCGUCCCCCUCCACCCUGCCGGAGUCCCCUGGUCACAACUCUCCUCGUAGCAUCUUACUGCUGGGUCUGAAGAGGGUUUCUGUGUUGCUGGUCGACUGCAGGAAAACAGCAGGGCAGAGUGGAACUGUGAGAGAAGGACACGAGGAGGGAGAUGGAGAUCUGAUUUCAUCAAGGGACACCCUGAACCAUCGUUCUCUUAGUGGGAGGGGCUUAUCGUCUGGGGAGCCUCAACAACAUGUUGCUGAGGAGACAGAGAAGAGUCUCUCCAGAUCAGAACAUCUCAAGAAACACCAGCAGAGACGUACAGGGAAGAAACCUCACCACUGCUGCUCUGACUGUGGGAAGAGUUUCACAAGCCAGAGUGGCUUCAUUAUUCACUGUGAUCAGUGUGUUAAGAGUUUUUCUCCAUCUAACACCUUCAAAACUAAUGUAAGAAUUCAUACAGGGGAGAAGCCUCACCCCUGCCUUGAUUGUGGGAAAAGCUUUGUUAGUGCAGGAGCCUUAACCGUACACCAGCAUGUACACACAGGAGAGAAGCCUUAUAGCUGUGAUCAGUGUGGGAAGAGCUUUGCUCGGUCUGGACAGCUGACGACACACCGGGUAACACACACUGGAGAGAAGCCUUAUAGCUGUGGUCAGUGUGGAAAGAGCUUUAAUCAGGCAGGAAACCUGAAAGCACACCAGCGAACACACACGGGAGAGAAGCCUUACAGUUGUGAUCAGUGUGGGAAGAGCUUCAAUCACUCAGGACACCUGACAACACACCAGGUAACACAUACUGGAGAGAAGCCUUAUAGCUGUGAUCAAUGUGGGAAGAGUUUUGCUCAAGCUUCCAACCUAACUAGACAUCAGGUAACACACACAGGAGAAAAGCCUUACAGCUGUGAUCAAUGUGGGAAGAGGUUUGCUACAUAUUACACAUUCAAAUAUCAUCUGAGAAUUCAUACAGGGGAGAAGCCUUACCACUGCCUUGAUUGUGGGAAAAACUUUGCGAGUGCAGGAUCCCUAACCAUACACCAGAGUGUACACACAGGAGAGAAGCCUUAUAGCUGUAAUCUGUGUGGAAAGAGCUUUGCUGUGGUUUCCACCUUGAAUAAACACCAGCGCAUACACACUGGAGAGAAGCCAUAUAGCUGUGAUCAGUGUGGAAAGAGCUUUGCUCACUCAGAUAAACUAACUACACACCAGCGAACACACACAGGAGAGAGGCCUUAUCGCUGUGAUCAGUGUGGAAAGAGCUUUGCUCGAGCUCCCACCCUGAAUUCACACAAGCGAACACACAGUGGAGAGAAGCCUUAUAGCUGUGAUCAGUGUGGAAAGAGCUUUGCUGAGUUAGGGACCCUGAAUUCACACCAGCGAACACACACUAGAGAGAAACCCUAUGUCUGUCUAUGUGGAAAGAGUUUUUCUCUUUUUAGGGCAAAUUAAUAAACACCAGAAAUCAAAAACGUGCCAUAUUUCAUCUCCAUCCUAUACCCGACAGUGGUUAUAGAUCCCUAAAUUAAAGGCUCUAUAGAAAACAUAUCCAUCUCCCAUUCUUAAACAGUUGACUUAGUCUGAUCACCAUGGUAACCUCUGGAGCAUAAUAUGCAGCUCUGAUCUAGGAUCAGGUCUCCCCUGUGUCUAUGUAAUAUCACACAUUGGGAUCUAAAUGGGUAAAUGUUAUCAUAGAUAAUGUCAUAUUGUGUGUGUGUGGGGGGGGCGGGGGUGAUGUUGAUAAUUGUAUCGUCUUUCAUAUACUCAUGAUACUAUUUUUAAAUCUCAUUAUGUAUAAUGUUUCAACAAUAGGUGUAUAUUCAUGUAUUCAAUGAAUCAAUAAAUUAAAUCCAAUAUCUUAUAAACAAGAUAUCACUUUAA